CGCCCAACAACCUCACCUAAUACCCAUACUCUCAGAGCCUCUCGCGCCGUGAUGUGCCAUUCCGCCUGCUCCUAAUCCGCUUGAGCUCUCGACACACUCGCAUCACCGCUCUCUCCUGCGCUGACGCGGCUCCAGUCACACGACAGACGCCCGUAUCUAAGCACCCGCGCUGAACAACGCGCCCCAGUCCCAUCCUCGACCACGACCACCCACCCACCACCAUCACAAUGACAAAAGAAGCCGACGUCCCCCAGCCCGGUCCCGCGCGGAUAUCCAAGGGCGGCGGGCCUGACGAGUGGCUGGAGGCGGCGAAGCAAUGCAAGUACCUGCCCGAGGCCGACAUGAAGAAGCUCUGCGAAAUCGUCAAGGAGUGCCUCAUGGAGGAAUCAAACAUUCAACCCGUCAAAACACCCGUCACCGUAUGCGGUGAUAUCCACGGGCAGUUCUACGACCUCCUCGAGCUCUUCCGCGUCGCUGGCGGCAUGCCCAAUGACACUGUGGUCCCGGAACCAACUGUUCCAACAAAGACCAUUAGCGCGGCAGACAUCGAACCGCCAAGCACCAUCACGGACCCGACUGUCAAACGGAAGAUGAAGAGGCGAUUCCAGGCCGACAGCAAGUACACGGGCCCCGCUAGCCCCGGCGGCGACGAUGACGAAGAGCCCGGCGAGGACGAGGAGGAGCAGCGCGGCCGGAGUCGAAGCGCUAGUGAGAGAGGAAGCUUUGGCGAGUCGGACUCGGGGGCGGGUCAAAACAUCUCUGGCUCCGGAGGCAACGGCAUGCAAAAUUACAUAUUCUUGGGAGAUUUCGUGGAUCGAGGCUACUUCAGCUUGGAGACGUUCACGUUGCUGAUGUGCUUGAAGGCCAAGUACCCCGAUCGCGUCACGCUCGUUAGAGGCAACCACGAAUCACGGCAGAUCACGCAGGUCUAUGGGUUCUACGAGGAAUGCCAAACCAAGUACGGCAAUGCUUCAGUCUGGAAGGCGUGCUGCCAGGUCUUCGAUUUCCUUGCCUUGGCCGCCAUUGUGGAUGGCAAGGUUCUCUGCGUGCACGGUGGCUUGAGUCCGGAAAUCAGGACUCUCGAUCAGAUCCGCGUGGUAGCCCGUGCGCAAGAGAUCCCCCACGAGGGCGCUUUCUGCGAUCUGGUGUGGAGUGAUCCAGAAGACGUGGAGACGUGGGCAGUCUCGCCAAGAGGCGCCGGCUGGCUCUUCGGUGACAAGGUGUCUUCCGAGUUCAACCACGUCAAUGGCCUGCAACUGAUCGCGCGAGCGCAUCAAUUGGUGAAUGAAGGCUACAAGUACCACUUCAAGGACAAGGACGUCGUGACUGUCUGGUCUGCACCUAACUAUUGCUACCGCUGCGGCAACGUCGCGUCCAUCAUGAGCUUGGCGGAAGAUCUGAACCCCAAGUUCACCAUCUUCAGCGCCGUGCCAGAUAACCGACGCGCGGUCCCGGCUGGACGCGGCACGCGUGGCGAGUAUUUCCUAUAGAGUGCUCCGAAGAUGCUGUGCAUACGAUACGUGUUUCUUUCUGUGCUUGAUAUCCGAAUGAAUGAACACCCCAAGGCUAGACAAGGCGGCGGCAACGGGCGGAGCAAGGCAACAACCAGCAGGCAAGGGCAUUGGCGGCGGUGACUUGAGCGAAGGACGCGUGAGGAUUCGGGGAGGUUCGGUUACACGUGUCUCGCGCCCCAUGCGCGUUUACCGGCUUGACUUUUAUUUUGAGGGAGAAAUGUACGGGCGCUCAGAUGGGCAAUGAUUGUUUUGACGACAUGGGCUGUAUUAUAGUUUCGAGUAUACUCUGUAAGAAGAGAGCGAACGCGACACGAGAGGUUGUAGCGGAAGCAGUGCAGCGGAGACGUGACGCGUGCGCCAGAGGCGCGCGGUUAAAGGUGAGGUAUAUAUAGUGCGUUGGCGAAAGUUUUUAGCGGC